AUGUCUGAUGAUGGAGAGGUGCCUCUACCAGUUCCAAUAGGUCUCAUAUUGGAUCAAGCACAUAUGCUAACACUUGAAAGACAGCAGAAUGCAAUGCAAGAGCAAAUUGCUCAUAUCACACAAGCUUUGGCAAGACUAGUUGCAGUCCAGCCACAAAGAGAGCGCAAUGGUCCUAGGCAGCAAGGGCAUGGUGAUGAUGAUAAAGAAACUAGAGUUGAAGAAGGUGCUUAUGAUCAGCACCUGCCUAGGAGUCCACAUGGCCAAAGAGACAACAUCAAGAUGAAGAUUCCAACCUUUCGAGGUGGAAUAUGUGUGGAAGACUAUGUUAAAGAAUUUGAGAUGCUGAUGUUGAGAUGUGAUGUGAGGGAACCACAAGAACAAACCAUUGCCCGUUUUCUUAGUGGUUUGAAUUAUGAAAUUGCUAAUACUGUUGAAUUGCAACCAUAUGUGUUUUUGCAGGAUGUGAUCAAACUUGCCAUUAAGGUUGAAAGACAAAGAAUGAAAGGUGGAUACAAGGGCACUACUACCAAAACAUUCACAAAACCUUCUAACACUAGCGCCCCACUUACUAGUGAUAAAGGUAGCGUGAAGAAGCAUGACAAAAGGGAAAGCUCUGCCAAAGCACCAGUGAGUGUAAUUAAGGGCAAGGAGAAGGAAGUAGAUUCAGCCCCUUCCAAAAGAAGUAGAGACAUAAAAUGCUUCAAGUGCCUUGGCCAUGGACACAUUACUUCAAAAUGUCCCAACAAGAGAGUAAUGGUAUUGAGGGAAGCCCAGUGGGAGCUAGAGAGUGAAGAUGAGACUUACAAAGAGGAAGAGAAUCAUGAAGCAUAUGGCGAUGAGGAAGUAGAGUAUGUUGAUGUUGGGGAGAUGUUCGUGGUCAGAAGAACCUUAAGUGCACAUGCAACAAAAGAGGAAGAGCAAAGAGAGAAAAUCUUCCAUACCAGAUGCACUAUUCUUAACAAGGUAUGUAAUUUCAUUAUUGAUGGUGGUAGCUGUACUAAUGUUGCUUUUACUAUCUUAGUUGAGAAACUUAAUCUGCCCACCUUAGUGCAUCCUCAUCCUUAUAAAUUGCAAUGGCUGAAUGAUGAUGGUGAUGUUAAGGUGACUAAACAAGUAGUUGUUCCUUUCUCCAUAGAGGGACUACCUCUUUUUUGUGGCAUUGAACAUCAUAUUGAUUUAAUUCCUGGAGCGGCAUUACCAAAUAGACCAGCCUACAGAAGCAUUCUCGAAGAGGUUAAGGAGUUGCAUAAGCAAGUCAUUGAGCUAUUGAAAAAGGGCUAUGUUCGUGAGUCCAUAAGCCCAUGCUCUGUUUUAGCUUUGUUGGUGCCCAAAAAGGAUGGUUCCAUGUGCAUGUGUGUUGAUAGUAGGGCCAUUAACAAAAUCAUUAUAAAGUAUCACUAUUCCAUCCCUAGACUUGAUGAAAUACAUGAUGAGUUACAUGGUGCUGUUAUCUUUUCAAAAGUUUAUUUGAAAAGUGGUUACCAUCAAAUUCGAAUGAAGGAGGGGGAUGAAUGGAAAACAGCCUUUAAAACAAAGUUUGGGUUGUAUGAGUUAAUUGUCAUGCCUUUUGGCCUUUCUAAUGCCCUUAGCACUUUUAUGAGACUCAUGAGCCAUGUACUUUUCCACUUCAUUGGCAAAUUUGUGGUUGCUUGUUUUGAUGAUAUUCUGAUUUAUAGUAGGAGUUUUGCGGAUCAUCUCAAGCAUCUAAGGGCUAUUUUUGAAGUUCUACGCCAAGAAAAGUUAUAUGCGAAUAUCAAAAAGUGCACUUUUUGCCACGAUCAAGUCACAUUCCUUAGCUUUGUGAUAUCCAAACAUGGCAUGGAGGUGGACAAAGAAAAGGUGCAAGCAAUACAAGAAUGGCUAGUACCAACUACAAUAUCGGAGGUGAGAAGCUUUCAUGGCCUAGCCUUUUUCUACAGGAGGUUUGUAAAGAAUUUCAGCACCAUCAUGGCCCCCAUAAUAGAAUGCUUAAAGAAGGAAGGGAAAUUUAAUUGGAGUGAGCUGCCCAAAAGAGCUUUGAACUCAUCAAAGCAAAAAUGA